AGACACCUAGAAUUCUUUCUAUUUUCAGUCUAUGGUUGUUGGUGUGCAUCAUGGAAAAUUAAUCCAAAUAUUGACAAAACCGGCUCGACCAAAUCUAGUGGCAGGAACUGAUUAACUCCACUUUACUUAGGCAAGGUCAAACGAACUAUAUAUUUAGGCAACGAAAUGAAUUUGGAGUUGCUUGAGUCCUUUGGUCAGAACUAUCCAGAAGAGUUUGAUGGCUCUCUGGACUGCAUAUCUCUGGCUGUUACCUGCGCCUUUAAUAAAUAUGGAACUUUGCUGGCGGUGGGCUGCAAUGAUGGCCGCAUAGUAAUAUGGGAUUUUCUAACUCGAGGCAUAGCCAAGAUUAUAUCCGCCCAUGUACAUCCCGUUUGCAGCUUAAGUUGGACAAGAAAUGGUCAUAAGUUGCUCUCCGCCUCCACAGAUAACAAUGUCUGCAUUUGGGAUGUCCUUACUGGUGAACUAGAGCACAAAUAUCGAUUCCCAUCUCCGGUGCUGAAGGUACAAUUCGAUCCCCGCAACGACAAUCGUCUGCUGGUGUGUCCCAUGCGAUAUGCAGCAGUUUUGGUUGCAAUUGGCGGGACUCAUCGUUGUUUGCCUUUGGAUUCUGAUGGUGACUUAAAUAUUGUAGCCUCGUUUGAUCGCCGGGGUAAACACAUAUAUACAGGCAAUGCCAAGGGAAAGAUAUUGGUUCUAGAUGUGGAAACGUUUGAGGUGGUUGCCAGUUUUCGCAUCAUAGUGGGAACAUCUAGUGCCACAGCCGUGAAGAGCAUAGAAUUCGCUCGACGAGGCGAUGCCUUCCUCAUUAAUACCUCCGAUCGUGUGAUACGAGUCUAUGACUCUAAGGAAAUCAUUGCUUUGGGCAAGGAUGGUGAGCCAGAGCCUAUACAAAAACUUCAGGAUUUGGUCAACAAGACUACUUGGAAGAAAUGUUGUUUUUCUGGCGAUGGUGAAUAUAUUUGUGCUGGAAGCGCUCGCCAGCAUGCCUUGUAUAUAUGGGAAAAGUCUAUCGGCAAUCUGGUGAAGAUUUUACAUGGCACAAAGGGUGAACUAUUGCUGGAUGUUGUGUGGCAUCCAGUUCGGCCAAUUAUAGCCAGCAUUAGUUCGGGUUUGGUUUCGAUAUGGGCCCAGAAUCAGGUUGAAAAUUGGUCAGCUUUUGCGCCCGACUUCAAGGAGCUCGACGAAAAUGUUGAAUAUGAAGAACGUGAAUCGGAAUUCGAUAUAGCUGACGAGGAUAAAUCGAUCGACUUGAAUGCCGAUGCUCAACAGGACGAAGAGAUUGAGGUCGAUGUACAGAAAGUAGAACCAGUGGCUGCAUUCUGUUCAUCCGAUGAAGAAGGUGAGGAUGAAAAUGCCUUACAAUUCUUGCCAAUGGCACCAGAAGUGGAGGAUCCAGAAGAUGGCUGGGCUGCCCAGGAACCUAUUGAAGCAAAUGCAGCGCUACUAAACAGUGAUCCUCAAGAUUAUGAAGAUGAAAUUAUGGCCUCCAAGCGUCGGCGUAUGCAGCUGUAUGAUGUCAGUCUGCCCGAUGCACCAAUUGAUGAAACCCAUCCGCUUAUAUCGAGUAAGGCCAGCAAGGAUAAGCAACAGCCUGUGGGUGGCAAAAAAGCAACCGGUCGCACUAAGAAAUAAAACCAGAGCUUAGAUAAGUUAAGGUAUUGAAUUAAGUUAAUGUUAACACAAGAGGUUUGGCCCAACUUCGGCAUUGCCGUAGUUUUUGCAUAGUUAUCUAGAAUAUACUUUAUGAUAUAUUUUAUAAA